AUGGCACACUCACAGAAGACGAUUCUAUUCUUCGGUGACCAGACCGAUCCGUGGGUCGAUGGCAUCGACUACAUCAUGAAGCAGGCUGGCCUGGCGCCAUGGCUUCAGUGUUUUAUGAGUGAUCUGUGCAAGAAGGUCAAAUCGGAGCUGAGCAACUUUGAAAGCCCUAUCACAAAGAGUCUUGGGGAAUUUUCGAGCAUAUACGAAUUGGCUGAGAAAUACCGCCAUAAAAUCGACGAGACCGGCGUUGCUAAUGCAAUCCUCAUUUAUACAAUGAGAGCAGCAAUGCUCCUGCAAUGCAUCAAGCGUGAACCCAAUCUCUUGGCAAAGUCUGAUGAUGGGCCCGAGUGGCUGGGCAUUUCAGGAGGUCUUAUGAGCCUAUCACCAUUGGCAGCUGCCAAGGACUUUGAUACUCUCUACGCCGGCUGUCUUGAGGCGGCUGGUCUUCUGUGCAGGGUCUGCAGAUUUUGCUACAUUCGGUCAAGAGCUACAGAAGAUCGCUCUGGAACGUGGGGCUGGGCCGUCCUAGGGAUCUCGAACGAGGACCUUCGCUCUGCUCUGGAGCAGUUCCAGACGAACCUGGGCAUUCCAAUAGCGAAAAAGGCACAAGUUGGUGUCACUGGAGACCGCUGGGCUAGCAUCAUCGGCCCACCGUCUAUCCUGGAGCAGUUUCUGAAUGAGUGCCCAGCUGUCAGUGGCCUUCCAAGGAAUAAGCUUAAUAUCAGAUCCCUCCAACACGCUAUCCCAAUGACCUCAGCUGAUCUCGACUAUGUUGUUGGGGAGUCUACCUUUGUCAAGAGUCAACUCGACUCACAACACAGAGUCUGGGGUACCGACGAUCCGUCGGCUACUUAUGAGACCUUUGGUGAUUUGCUACGAACUGCGGUUUCGCAAUCUGUGUCUCGGCCUCUCGAUAUCGUAGAGGUCGUCGCCGACAUGAACAAGCAUCUUGGAUCUUGCCGGCAAGUCGAGAUCAAAGUCAUCGGCACCAGCAGUCACACUUCCUACCUUUCUACAGCAUUGAAACAGAAGGGAAGAUCAAUCAGUGUCCAGCAUGAAAUAGGCGCCAACCAGAGUAGUCAGCAAGAUCGUCCAUCUGGUCGCAUAGCCAUCGUUGGGAUGGCUGGAAGAGGCCCUGGCAGUAAUGACCUAGACGAGUUCUGGGAUGUUCUCAUGACUGGUCAAGAUCUUCAUCAGGAGAUCCCUCCGGAUCGGUUUGACCUCAACGAGUUCUUCGCAGCAGAGCAUAGUCACGAUGGCGUCAAAUGCACAACAGCGGCUCGAUUCGGUUGCUUCAUGAACAAGCCCGGAGGUUUCGAUGCUCGCUUCUUCCGCAUCUCUCCUAGAGAAGCAAUGUUUAUGGACCCUGGGCAUCGACAGUUUCUCAUGAGUUCAUAUGAGGCUCUCGAGGCGGCUGGGUAUUCCGACGGCAAGACAAGAGAUGUUGACCCGAACAGAAUUGGCGUAUUUUUCGGUCAAAGCAACGAUGACUGGAAUGCUAUGGCACAUCAUCUGAAGGGAUGCGAUGCAUAUACCCUACAGGGAGCACAGAGAGCAUUCGGAGCUGGUCGUCUUGCCUUCCAGAUGAACUGGGAGGGACCAACGUAUUCCUUAGAUUCGGCAUGCGCAUCAACUUCAUCGUCCGUUCAUCUCGCCUGCAUGAGUUUACUAUCACACGAUAUCGACAUGGCUGUCUCCGGUGCUGCAAAUGUCGUCGGAUAUCCUCAUUCCUGGACGAGUCUUAGCAAAUCUGGUAUCUUGUCCAACACUGGCAAUUGCAAACCGUUCCGCGAGGACGCCGAUGGCUAUUGUCGGGCUGACUUCGUCGGAAGCGUGGUACUCAAGAGACUUGACGAUGCCAUCGCCCACAAUGACAAUAUUCUUGCUGUCAUAGGUGGUUCAGGGAGAAACCAUAGCGGGAAUUCUCCGUCCAUCACGACCUCGGAUGCCGGCGCGCAAGAACGGCUUUACCGCCAGGUCUUGAGGCGGUCUGGCGUUCUUCCAGACGAGAUAUCCUAUGUUGAGAUGCACGGGACCGGGACCCAAAUUGGUGACCCCGCUGAGAUAGGUGCGGUGUCCAACGUCUUCAAAUAUCGUCGUGGCGAUCCAUUGAUAGUCGGAUCUAUCAAGGCCAAUAUUGGCCAUAGCGAAGCCAAUGAUAGAAUUCCCCCACAAGCAGGCAUGCCGCAGAAGCUGAACCCAAAGUUCCCUUCGCUUGAAGCCUCCAAGAUAUCGAUUCUUUCCGAGGCGAAAGAUUUCAAGCCUGUUGGAAACAGUACGAGGCGGGUGAUGCUGAACAACUUUGAUGCAGCGGGUGGGAACGCUUGUCUGCUUAUCGAGGACUACAGACAUACGCGGUCUACGGAUGAGGGCGUGCAAGUACCGUGGUCGAAUCACGUCGUUGUCACGUCCGCGAAGACGCAAGCAUCUCUGCGCUCCAACCAACGCAGGCUUCUUCAAUACCUUCAGGCGAAUCCCACCGCCCGUAUUCAAGACGUUGCUUACACAACUACCGCAAGGCGAACGCAUCACCCUCUCAGAUCCACAUACACCGCAUCAUCGACACUAGAACUCAUUACCAAAUUGAGUUCAGACAUUGACGCCGAGAAGGAUGCCGUGAAGAUGAAGCCUUCCGCUUCCAAGCCGGUUGUCUUCGUUUUCACCGGUCAGGGUUCCCACUAUGGCGGCAUGGGCAGUGAGCUGUACAAGACAAGUCAUGUCUUCCGGGAAGCGGUUGAUCACUGCGUCACAAUUUGCGCCGAUUAUGGCUUUCCACCGUUCUUGGACCUCAUCAUAGAGCGUUCCAUUGACGUAUCCAUGAAGCUCUCUGCCCAGACUCAGCUUGCCGUCUUGACUUUGGAAAUUGCCUUGGCUGCUCUGUGGCGUUCAGCAGCCGGCAUUGAGCCGUCCGUGGUGAUGGGCCACUCCCUCGGCGAAUAUGCCGCUCUUCAUGUUGCUGGUGUUCUCUCCCUAACCGAUGUGUUCUAUCUAGUUGGAAAACGCGCAGAGUUACUUGGCGAACUAUGCGAGACUGGCGCAUGUGCAAUUGUCGGUGGAUUACAGGAUGAUGUUGAGCAGCUUGCAGCGGACAUGACAGAAUUCCGUCCAAAGAUGCUACCCGUUCCAUACGCUUUUCAUUCUUUUCAAAUGGACCCCAUUCUGGAUCAAUACGUCACUAUUGCUCGAGGGAUAACGUACUCGCCGCCCAAGAUCCCAGUUGCUUCUACUCUACUUGCGAAGAUCGUCGAUACCCCAGGAACCUUUGAUGCAGCAUACAUGGGCCAGCAAACUCGUCAGAGUGUGCAGUUCACGGACACUAUCACAGCUGUCAAGGAACGUUUAGGCGAUGUGGUAUGGGUCGAGCUGGGGCCGAGCCAAGUCUGCGGUUCCUUUGUACAGGCAACCUUGGGUUCUUCCGUGUCUUCGGGCUCCAUCAUGUCGACGCUCGACAAGAGUGCGGACAACUGGACGUCUAUCACGAAAUGCCUUGCGAAACUUUAUGAUCAAGGAUUAGAGAUCGACUGGCUCCGACUAUAUGGCCCUUACUCAUGCAGCGUUCAGCUGUUGACCCUCCCGACGUACGCGUGGGACUUGCAAGACUUCUGGAUUACUUACACCGAGAAGGGCGACGGAGUACGCGGAAGUCUCGCGGCGGAUUCCAAAGUCAGCCCGAAGCAAAUAUCUACCUGUGCGCAGAGUAUUGUUGCAGAGAGGUCGACGAGCAGUGAGUCAGAGGCCACCUUCAGGGCCCUCAUUGCCGAUCCAGGGAUGGAUGCCCUCAUCGAAGGCCAUCGAAUCCGCGACAUGGCAAUCUGCCCCGGAAGUGUGUUCUGCGAUGCUGCUUCUACUGUUGCCAAGCACGUGUUCGAAGCCAUGGGCACGAAGCGAGAUAUGAAGCAGCCCGCGCUGACGAUCCUCAAUCUCUCGCUCCAGCGUCCACUGCGCAAGAAGGCUAAUAGCUCGACUGAAGAACUUGUCACAACUGCGAAUGUGAAGAAGCUCUCUAAUGAUCGUGCGACAGUAACCUUCCAAUCAUCCGAGCAGACUUUGGGUAGCUGCACAGUAUCCAUCUGCGAGGCGGAUUCCAUUAAGGCUGGUUGGGAUAAGAUAUCAUUCUUCAUUCAGGCGAGGAUGGACGAUGUAAUCAAGAGCGCCAAGGAGGGACGUGGCCACAGGAUCCAGCCAGACAUAUUCUACGCCCUCUUUUCGAACACCGUCAGAUACUCUCCGUCUUUCAGAUGUGUCAAAGGGGCAUAUGUAUCCGAUGAUUUCCAGGAGGCUGCUGCGGAGAUCAUCUUGGGCUCGGGCCCUAUCGGAACCUGCUUCACCUCGUCACCAUACCACGGCGAAAGCCUAGUGCACCUGGCGGGUUUUGUGCUUAACGCGAAUCCAAGUCGACCACGUGCUGCUGAUACCACGUUUAUGAUGGACAAUCUUGAGAGCGUUGAGCUACCAGAUUCCGGAGCUCUGGUGCCGGGUAAAUCAUACCUUACUCUCGCCAGAGUCUCGCGCAGAACCGAGGACUCUGCAACUUGCGAUGUUUGGGUCUUCGACUCUGACUCAUCGGAAAUGGUGAUGCAAUGUUCAGGUUUGCGGUUUCACGAGGUCAGCAACACUGUCCUAGACCGCCUUCUGGGAAAGACAAGAGUAUCAGUUGCAGCACCUGGCGACUAUCAACUUCCAACGAACACGAAUGUGGCAACAGUGAAGGCUCCGCAAUCCCCGACGAAGAAGCAUGCCUACAGUCACUCAGACGCCUCAGAGAUGACCAAAGUUGAAGAGGGCUUGAACUCGCAGAAUGAAGUUUUUGCUUCUAUUCUGGAGAGUAUCUCAAGAGAGACAGGCACAGACUCAGCGCAACUCACGGAUGACACUGCUACAGCAGAUGUUGGGGUUGAUUCCAUCAUGGCCAUCGAGAUUACCGCUGCUGUCAAGAAGCAGACCGGCAUUGAUCUUCCAGUGUCCACUCUCAUCGACUAUCCGACGAUUGGUGACCUGCGCAAGGCGUUCGGCGAUGUAAUCGUACCUACUGAGACUAUUAACUCAUCGUCAUCCUCACAGGCAUCUACCUCUCCGCCGUCUGUCAGUGAGGAGGAGAUGUCAGAUGAAAGUCUGUCUACAAGCUGCCCGACACCGGAGAUCCCCUCUCACUGGGUAUUGCUUGAUCAGAAAGAUAUUGGAAAGCCAGUCGAUACUUCAAUCUCGAUGCCGGAGAGUGGAGCGCUGUUGCCAAUUCAGUCAGAUCCGCCUUCUAUGACGAAAAAGCAGCAAACAAUCUCUCCACCACCGAAGGCGAGAGUCAUCCUGCUUCACGGCCGUCCGAAACCAGACCAGACGCCAUUGUACAUGAUCGCCGACGGAACUGGCACCAUUGCUAGCUACAUUCAUCUACCACCCUUCAACACUAAGACGGCAAUCUAUGGUGUCGAUUCUCCUUUCAUCCGCUGCCCAGAGCAGAUGAACGCCAAGGUUGGCAUUCGAGGAGCUGCGAAGUUGAUCGUUGAUGCUGUGAAUGAGUCUCGACCUCAGGGCGCAUUGUACAUCGGCGGUUUCUCUGGUGGCGGCAUGCUCGGGUAUGAGGUCUGCCGUCAAUUUGGCGACCUCGGUCGUCAAGUAGAUGGCCUACUGAUUAUCGACAUUUGCUCCCCACGCACCAAGACCGAAACGAGUCUUGUUAAAGUCCAGCCCGAGGUAGGUUGGCAAAUGUUCCAAAAGAUGGCUGCACAGGACGCAUUCUGGAACUCGACGGCCGAAUCUGCGCCGAUGCAACAUCUGCUAGGGAUUUUCAAAGCCGUAGCAACCUACCACCCGGAGCCCAUGACUCCUCACCAACGCCCCAAGAAGACUAGCAUUGUUUGGGCAGAGAAGGGUAUGGGCGGUCGCUGUGAGGGCAAGCCUGAACUGAAGCGCGAGAUGGUGGGCAUGGGCUUUCCCGCCGAAGCCUAUCCUGGGUUCAUGGAGGAUCCAGCUUUAGGGGCUCUCGCUUGGGGCUUCCCUGACAAGCGCGGCUCCGAGGGCGCCUUGGGUCCUAAUGGUUGGGACAAAUACGUGGGAGAGGUUGGACAAUGCUUGUCUGUCGAUGCAGAUCAUCUUGAGAUGCCGAUGCCGGGACAUGUGCACCUCAUGAGGGAGAAAAUUGAAGAGGCUCUCGCCUACUUUCAGGGAAGCAACUAG